AUGGAUUCAAUCAAGUUCGAGAACAUAAAAAUGGAGAAAUCAAACGCGAUUUCAAGGUUUUCCACGGCGCUGCCGCUGAAUCUAUCAGUGGAGUAUGUCCGAGAAAUCUCCGCCGCUCUGAUCAGUCCCCGAUUCGUUUUCCUCGUCGGAAACGCGAUCGUCCUUAUCCUGUUUUUCAAAUCGGGCGGAUUUUCGGCAAGGGAUGGGGAGGCCAUCGCCGAUUUCUACGACGAGUACGUCGAGAAAUGCCGGAGGAAUGAGGAGAAGAAGGUUUUCAAUGAUUGCAGAGUGAUUUCUACGAAGAAUAUGUGCAGGAGCAGCUCCGAGAAGCUGGUGGUGCAUGGCGGCAAGCGCCGCCGCGAGCUGACGCGAAGCAAGACGGAGGACUGCCGGAGCCGGCGGAAGGCGGAGGAGAUGAGUAACGAAGAGUUCCGGCGAACGGUGGAGGCGUUUAUCGCCCGGCAGCAGAGGUUUUUGAGGGAAGCAGAUUGA